GGCACGUGCUUGUGGGGAGAGCAGAUCACGUUGCAAAGAGGGAGGGUGGGGAAAGGCUUCCAAAAGAUCGUCGCUGUGAAGGCUUCCAAAAGAUCGUUGCUGGUGUGCGUAGACAUUCAUUAGGCAUGGAGAGAUCCAAGGAAGAGGAGCUCCAGGAGCUUUUAGCCUCAUGCUCCCAAUUUGAGCAAUUCCUGUUUUUCACCCUUCGGGAUCAGGUGUCUAAAGACAAGACCACCGAGGAGGAGCCACUGCCAAGAUUAUCACCAUUUGAACUAGUGUUGCUUUUUUACUUGAAGUCGCUGGUGUACUCAGAAAAAUCAAUACAAGAGACGUUGGUGCACCAAGACACACGAUGUAAAUCAGUGAUUACGGAGAGAAAGGCGUGGAGAGGAUUUCAGCAGGAGUUCCAAGUCCACAGUGUCAUGCUGAAGGAAACAGAGAGCGACCUCCACAAAACGACGAUAAAAGAGACAGAAGUCCAGAGUGGGGAAGGUCAAUCCCUGCCAAGCUUCCCGGAAGGCUUUUUCACCCAGGCAAAACAUGCAGAACGAGACCAAGCAGCAUCUUCGGGAACCCAGACCACCGAGGAGGAGCCACUGCCAAGAUUAUCACCAUUUGAACUAGUGUUGCUUUUUUACUUGAAGUCACUGGUGUACUCAGAAAAAUCAAUACAAGAGACGUUGGUGCACCAAGACACACGAUGUAAAUCAGUGAUUACGGAGAGAAAGGCGUGGAGAGGAUUUCAGCAGGAGUUCCAAGUCCACAGUGUCAUGCUGAAGGAAACAGAGAGCGACCUCCACAAAACGACGAUAAAAGAGACAGAAGUCCAGAGUGGGGAAGGUCAAUCCCUGCCAAGCUUCCCGGAAGGCUUUUUCACCCAGGCAAAACAUGCAGAACGAGACCAAGCAGCAUCUUCGGGAACCCAGGAUACAGAACUUGGUUGGAGGAGGGGACGUCCUUUUGGAUUUUAUCCACGGCCUGCUAACUGCUACUUUCAGCCAUGGAGUCGAUGGAUCAGAAGAAAGAAGCUCUUGCUGUACAAGAAAAGCCUGACCUUGAAAAGAAGAGAAGAGAAGGGAAGCGGAAGCCUUGCUUCAAAGCAUGGCUUUAACUCCUGCUGCUCCUACGGAUGGAUCAGAGGAAAGAAGCUCUUGCUGUACAAGAAAAGCCUGACCUUGAAAAGAAGAGAAGGGAAGCAGAAGCCUUGCUUCAAAGCAUGGCUUUAACUCCUGCUGCUCCUAUGGGAUCCUGCAGGUGAGAAGAGGACUGUGUACGGCAGUGCAUCUUCUUUGUGUCACCAGCUUGUUUGACACCAGAGCGUGUGGCAUUUGAAGUCUGAACUCAGCUACCCCCUGGAAACCGUGCCGUGAGAUGUUUUCCACUCACCCCAAUCCAUUUUUUCAGCUACAGGAGGGUUGAAAGGACGCACGUUAUGUAGUCCUUUUCAUUGUUUCCAAGCCUACCAAUUCUCGAUACACUUCACUAAAUUUUGCAUUGGGCACCAUUUCCAAGGAGCAAGGCAGCAUGUAGACACUGUAAAGAAAUAAAAUGUUUCGUAGAGUGCCAGUGUAGUGUGGUGCUCAGAAUAUUGAGGAAGGCCCUGUGAAAGCAGGCUUAAAUUUCUGCCCUGGCUGGCCUUGGACUCUCUCAGCCUAACCUUCCUCACAGGGAUGUUUAGGUGACUAAAAUAUAUUGUGCUUCCCUGCAUUCCUUGGCCUUAUGCUCACAUAUCAGUACAUUUAUGUAGUACUCUAUGUUUAAUUACAAUUCUCAGAAACCCAAAAUUUCUGUGACGCCCUGACAUCUACAACCUGACAAAGACUUCUGUUUUGUUUUUAAGAAAUAUAAUAAAUCAUAGAGUGCCAGUGUAGUGCAGUGGUCAGAAUACUGAGGAAGAAUCUGGGAAAACAGGCUUAAAUUCCUGCUCUGCCCUGGCUGAUCUUGGACAGAUCCCACUCUCUCGGCCUAACUUACCUCACAGGAAUGAUGUGAUGAUAAAAAUAUACUGUACUUCCCUGCAUUUCCUGGCCUUACGCUAACAUGUUUGUACAUACGUGGUGCUCUUGUCAUGUUGCUGUUCUCUGUUUUUUGUAAAAUCUGUUCAAUUGAAUUCUAAGAAUCAGCUUUCCUCUUUAAAGAGUGAGCUGGCCUUGACACGAAAUGUGAACGAGUAUGGAACGAGUAUGUGAACAAGUCUCGCUACUGGCCUCAAACCCAGACUUUGCACGCUGGGUUUAUAGUGGUCUUUCAGAGCACUAAUUGAGUGAUGUUGGCCUUUAAAACCAGGUUUCUCCUUGAGAAACAAGCAUGUCUUGAUAACGGUCAGCGGGAUUGAUUUGAUGAAGAAAGCGCUUAUUAAACGCUAAACAUUUUGGCUUUAACUUAAUCUCUUUCUCCACAUAGAAACCACAUCUGAGGGUGUGAUAUGCUCCAGAGCGACAGCAGCCUCGUCGUGUGAUGCAGAUUAGUCCAAGGCUUCACUUUAUGCUUUCCACCGGCACAACAUCUCCCGAGUGAAACAGGCGCAAGUAGCGUAUAAUGUGGAUGGUGAUCCUUCAGGCAUUUCAUCCUUGUCAUUAGGACA